GUCGCAGUAUCAGCGAUUUCGACAAGAAAUCUGAAAACAUACUGUAAAAGCAGAACUUCCACCGUAUCUAAUCGACAUGGCGUACCGUGCAAAGGGAUUAAGAACAUUGGGUGUAAUUCAAAUGGUGUUCGGUGUUUUGAUGGGCAUUUUUGGUAUAGCAAGUAUGGSAGCAGUUCAUCACUGGUCAAGCUACGUCGCUUGCGGACUCUGGGUUGGAGUUUGGGUGUUUUUGACUGGACUAUUUGGUUACAUUGGAGCAAAAUCAGAUACUACUCCAAACAAUUGCCUGAUUGGUGUUAUGAUGGGAUUUGCCAUUACUGGAUGCGUCCUUGCUGCCAUUAUGCUGAUUAUACACGCCAUUGCUGUGGCCCAGUUUUCAGAGAUUAUCCGCUGUAGCAGAAUAUAUAUCAACUGCCAUUAUAAUUAUUAUUAUUAUUACGGCUUGGAUAAGUCACAUGCUGAAGCUGGUGCUGCCCUGGGGUCAUUGCUGCUCAUUUUAGCCAUUGCAGAGUUCUUUGUUGCCAUGGCAUCUUCCAUUUAUGGAUGCAAUGCAUGCUGCUGUUCUACCCCUCAACCUACACAGCCUCCUGCCACCCAGAUUGCAUAUGUUGGGCCACAGCAUGGUAAUGUUAUGGUGAUCCCAGCAGGUGGCUAUUAUGCYGGCUCAACCAUCCAAACUGUCACUACAUAUCCUGGACAAGCUAUCCCRGCGCAUGCUUAUCCACAAGCACAAUACAAUAUCCCACAAGGCCAAGUGUAUAACCAGCCACCAGGUCAAGUAGCUGCUCAAGUGCCACCUCCAGGACCUUAUCAGGCUUUCCAGGCACAAGGUAAUGUUCCUGAGACUGAGAAGCCUCCACCCUAUAAUGUUGCCCAGUGAAUUGCCUUGGACUGACUACAUUAUUUUAAUCUAAUGUAACAAUUUUAGCAUAAURAUAUUUGUUUUAGGUAUUUCACUGCUACAUCAGUUAAAUGCUUGUUUAAAGAGCACCUAGAAUUGAAGGGAUGUUUUACAUGCAUGUACAUAUUAAGCUGGGAUGGUAUUUGCACUUCUUAUUUUAUUAGAACGUCUUAUGACUAUAUUAUUUAUACAGUAAUACAUGUAGAUUUUUGUAGUAAACGUUUACAUUAGCUUCAGUGGCGGAUCCAGGGGGGUUCCAUGGGUUCCUAGGAACCCCCCUCCAGCAUAAAAAAAGAUAAAUUAAAUAUGGGUGUCUUUACAUUUGCUACAGUUCGAGAGGCACAGUAAAAAAAGUUCGUUUUAGGAAAUGCGAAAACAAAGUUGAACCCCCCUUUGAAAAAUCCUGGAUCCGCCACUGAGCUUUACAAAGUUUUCAAAAAAAUUUGUAGUARCAUCCAGCGUUUGUGUUACAUCGCUAUUUUAAUGUAUUCUUUCGCCACUAUUUCCCAAGAUUUGUAAAUUAUAUAUUGUAUCCAUAUGGAAUACCGUACGUGUGCAACGACAAUUGAUAUGGCAGUUCUGUUGUCAUCAGGUGUAUCUAAUUUCUGGUCGUGUGAAAAAUCCAUUAAAAUGUUUCCACUAUA